GAGAGGCAAGGUAAGGACGGGUUCUGGGGCUAUGCUAGCCGACUACACACAUUGCUCAAGAAGGUGCUGGAUGAAGAGCUGGUCCUGCAGCAGGUAGUGUGUCACCCUUCCUCAAGUGACCCAGAGGAUGUCAUCAGGGAGGGUCAGGACCCCAGCCUCACUCGUGCAUACUUUGGGGUCACAAACCUGGGUGAUCUGAGCUCCUAUCUACCUGAGACUGCUCAUCAAACUCCUGCUCAGUCAAACACUGGUGUGACCUGCUCUGAUCUGACCCCAUCCUCGGGGGCUGGUGAGGUGCCCUGGGUGCAUCUCACCCGCCUGCACCAUUCCACCACCUGCCACUCCACCGGGGUGGUGUGUCAGCAUCUCCUCCAUACAUUCCGGGGCAGACUUCUCUACAACCUUGACUACUUCACUGACAAGAUGCGUCAACAAGAGGCACUUAUCUAUAGCCGCCUCACUCUCCACCUACUCCUCCGUGCGCUCCCUCACCCAGCUUAAUAAAGGAAUCACCAUUAGGAGGCUCUUAUCUAUGGUUGUCUUACCAGCCACCCUCUCCGUGUUCUUCCUCAUCCAGUCCAAUCCAAGAAAGGAUUUUGAGACCUGGAAGAGAUUAGAUUUUUUAGAUUUUGCCACCGAAGUGGCUAGUUUAUUGUGCACCCCAUAUCCAUCCUGUGGACGGUAGCGCGAGAGCAUAUGGAUACACAAAAGGCCUAGGAACUAGGCCCCAAAGGGUUAACAGGAAUACAUAUGGAUUUAUAUCUACAUAUCUAUAGUUCACUUAUCUGUUACAAGCAAAUUUAGGAAAUUUGCUUAGUAUAUCUGGUAUCUUAUUUUCAUUAAUAAGAUAUCUUGACAUGUCACAUAGGUUAUUAUACUGUCUGUCUCUGUAUUCC